CUAUCUACGAAACUCCCUAGCUAGACCCCACCGAGCGCGAUCCAGCUUUCCAUGGUUGAAUGUAGCGCCUGCAGAUCUUGCCACAAGAUCAAGGCCCCCGCCGCUCGCCAUCGGAAAACCACAUAGCAUGUUCCAAAAUCUCACGGGCGCCAGGGGCCGAAGCUCUCGGCCUGAGGCCUUUAUCAGCCGACGGACGCCACUCUACGCUGAGCUCAGCUCUUCUGAAGAGUCGAUAUUAACUGAAGAAUACGAGGUGUUAUUAUCACAAUUCACGAGGCAUUCUUCUUCGCACAAACCACAGAAGUCUCCGCUGACCCCUGGCGCCCUGGACAAUAAUGGCACCCCAGACGGUACUGGACAGACUCGAGGCAACUCCAACUUCAUCGCAGCCCAACACGAUGAUGGCAAUCCUCCACCCAGGAACCAUACAAAAUCGCCCCAGCCCCGUCCGAAACACUCCCGACCACCAACUGAACCAACGCGGCGGACCUUUCGGAGCACAGGAGCAACGGAAACGCACGUUUCUGGGAUAGCGACCCAGCAGGCUGAUAGCAAUCCUUCGUCCAGGAACCAUAACAAGUCACCACAACCCCGACGGAAGCUCUCACGACCACCAAGCGAAUCAGCCGAACCAACACGGACUUUCCGGAGCACAGGAGCAACGGAAAGGCAGGUCUCUGGGGUAGCAACUCGACAGCACGAUAGCAAUCCUUCGUCUAGGAACCAUACCAGGUCACCACAACUCCGACAGCAGCACCCACGACCCCCAACUGAACCAUCACGGACCUUCCGGAGCACAGUAACACCGGAAACACUCGUUACUGGUCGUAAGCGUGCGGGAUCGAAAGAUUCACGACCGUUGCAUGUGGACAAAUCUCAAGGACCUUCGAAGCUCAGAUCACUGGGUCGAGGAUCCCCGAUUCGGCGGUCUACACGCGCGAGGAACGAGCCGGUUAAUUAUUACCAGUGUCCGAAUUUUUUCGAUGAUCUUGACGAAGGAGUCUCUAUGAAUGAGGCACUGCCUACAGAUCACCCGCUUGACACAUCACAUGAACGUGGCAGAACCAGUCCGUCUCGCUCCCCAUCCCAGCCUCGUGGCGAAGACCCAAUCGGCAACUCGACUGGCAUGCAAUAUGAAUUGAUAUAUUAUUCGUCUGAACUACAAGUCGCCAAAUGGUAUCUGAAAGGACCAGCCGAUAUGGAAGAUUUGAAACAUGCACGCUAUUCUCCACAAAGCAAUCCGGUUGAUUAUACCACGAGGGUUCAAAAUGGUGGUCCAUCGUUUCGUGAAGUGCCUCAUGUCGAUUUCCUCGAGCACGAAAUGAAAGCAAUUUUGGAUUUAUUACAGUUUUUUGGCUGCUGCCAGUCAGUGAGCCAUGAGAUGGCACCUGCUGAUCAAGUAAUACACCUUGUGAAAACAUCCAGCGUCCCGACAGGGUUUAGCAAACGGAUCAACCAAAUAAACAAGCUCGUCUCGUUGCUCACAAGGGCCCAGGCGAGCGAUUACACAUUGUGGCUUCUGGAUGCAAUAACUCCAACCACGCAACACCACCGGCAUGCUCGUGCUCAGCGGUAUCUUACCAAGGCUCUGGGACUGAAGGAUCCAAAUGCUUCUCUCUCGGAUUUCACCACAACGAUUAUGCAACUACCAACUUACUUUCCACAAGUAUCCAUCUUGAGCCGACGCAGGGGAUCCGACAUCGAUCUAUUCCUCGAGGACGCCAAACGAGGCAGUCUUCCAUCCGUCCCCAGUAAGAUCAUAGUCACCGACGUGAAACCGAGUAAUAGAUUGCAGUCUACUCGCGCGUCUCGGCGCUCGGCCACGCUCAAUCGAGUGUUGCAGGGCCGCGAGUUGGGCCACCGCGUGGAAGGCAAGCUUCGCCCACAGAUCAAAUCGCGCUUAAUCACUCACAGGACGUGGAAGGGGGCCUCGAACGAUGUAAAUGUUUUAGCCUGGUCUCCUGACGGAACCUGGUUCGCGGCAGGUGCCACGGCUUUAUGCGACGAACACAACAUGGACUACAACCGACGGAAUAAUCUGCUCGUGGGUGACUUGGUUAGCAAUUGCCUCGAGGAGCUGCCCGACCACUGGAUCUCUCGUCCGCGUACAAACAGCAGGAUACUGAAUGAUACGCCGCUUUUCAUGACGGUCACUGGUAUGCAAUGGUUCGAAGACGCACUCUUCACUUCAAGCUACGACAAGACUGUCAAAAUGUGGGAUUUUCCUCGACACAGGCCAAGAUGUUUGAAAACUUUUAUCCACGAUUCGAAAGUGGAAGUGAUGGCCCGGUCGAUUCUUCGAGGAAACCUUCUCGCAACUGGUACCCAUCGCAUUGGAUUAUGGCAGAUCGACUCGUCAAGAUAUACGCCUCUUGAGGCGUCCUCGAAGAAAUGCCCUGAAAUGAUCUCGACCUCAUUGGUGUGGGGAACACUCAAUGCGACGAAGGACUUUCUGCUUGCCGGUAUGUCUGAAAAAGAAGACGGUGUGUCGCAAAAUGGGCUUCUCGCAUCCUGGCGUAUUGGCGAGGCAUCCGCAACGCCUAUACAAUUCUCCCACUGUUCACAGAAUAUCUUCGAUAUCAAAUGGCAUCCAACGAUCCCCUACUUUGCAACUGCAAGCUCCGUGGGGAAUGGAAGGGCGGGGAUGGCCUCCAGGGACACACGGUCCGUUGUUCGCCUUUACCAACCACUGCUAUCUAAGAACCGGACGCACGAGUUCGAGUGUCCCGCGUUGGACGUCAACGAUGUGACUUUCUGCCCGCUCAAUCCCAACUAUCUGACGGCGAGCUGCACGGACGGGGCAAUUUACGCCUGGGAUAUCCGCAAGGAAAAUCAGCUGCUUCACAAGCUCCAACACGGUACCCCCCUAAACCCAAUUGACGAGACUCUCCCAAGGGAAGAGGCAGACGUGGGGGUCAGGAUGACCGUCUGGGGGGAUGAUAUGGACACCUUGUAUACAGGCGCCUCUGAUGGCGUGGUGAAACGUUGGAAUAUCCUUAGAUCCCCCGAAGAUACCCUGGUCAGAGACGAGGUCAAUUUGCAGGGGGGGGUGAUGUGCGGUGCCUUCUCAGAAGACAAAUCCAAUCUCCUCAUAGGAGAUUCCGCUGGUGCCCUUCACAUACUAUCACCGGGUCCUUUCUCCGCGGAUGAGAUUGCCAUGGAGUAUAAGGGGGCGUCAGAGGCAUCUUCGUCCCAACACGAACCCGAUACCGAGUCGGGUAUCUCCUUUGCGGAAGACCUCCUGGCCUCAGGUGAACUCGUACGGCACCCAACUUAUGGCGUCGGCAAAGGUCCACACUACAAAGGUCCUUUCGCCGCCUGGGCUCGGCCAGAAAGAACACCUCCAGACCAGAUGUCGAGAGUCAAUCUGAGGAAAGAGUAUCAAGUGCUGCAGCUUGAAGGGCCCCCGCUGGAACGUCGCCCAGGGCUGAACGAGCAGGCUCGCCGGGAUCAUGCUGCUCGCGUCCAACUCUCUCGAAUGCGCAAUCGACGACAAAACGAAGGCAAACGAAAACAUGAGAGUUCGGCAAUUGGCUAUCAAGACUCUCCUCAAGACUAUUCUCAAGAUCUCCCUCAAGACAAUUUCAUCAACCUCUGCAGUGAUGAAGAUGAAGACAUCAAACCUAUCAAGCUGGCGGCUAAGCGGCCCACGACAGAUAUCCCCGAACUCAUUGAUCUUACAAGUGACACUGAUGAAGCAACGCUAUCGUCUUUCCGCACGGAUCCUCUACAUUCGAGUGAAAGACCUCUCACCGAGGUCAGUGGGGCCCUAGAGGAGUUGGAAGAGAAAUUGGAGGAUGACCAUUGGUGGCCAGAGAACUCUACUGUUGAUGCGAAUAUUCCAUGAAGCGCUUCUCCCUGUACGCUUGAGAUGGAUUUCAUAUUUUCUGCUUUUCAAAGAUACCCCCUGUUUAUGACCACGCUUUUGAGCCUGAGUCUGUAAUUG